GUGCUCGAUCUGGGCUGCAGCGAGUGUAGCCUCCUCAAAAGGCUCAAGUUUCACCGUGAAGUUCAUCUUCUGGUCGGUUUGGACAUCGACGGGACCAAAGUCAAGAAGAAGAUGCAUGCACUAGCUCCUAUAUCGACCGACUACCUGCAGCCAAGCUACGAUCCGCUGUGCGUGGAACUGUACCAGGGCUCAGUCACAGAAAAAGACGCUCGCCUCAGAGGAUUUGAUCUGGUGACCAGUAUCGAGCUCAUAGAGCACCUCACUCUUGCUGACGUGGAGCGAUUCUCUGAGGUCGUGUUUGGUUACAUGACCCCGGUGGCCGUCAUUGUCAGCACCCCGAACUGUGAGUUCAACCCCCUCCUCCCCGGACUGAGAGGUUUCAGGCACAGUGACCACAAGUUUGAGUGGAGCAGAGCAGAGUUCAGAUCCUGGGCUCUGAAGGUGUGUUUGAAGUUUGGUUAUAAGGUGGAGUUCACUGGUGUUGGACAUCUGGCGUCAGGAUACCAGGAGAGUGUCGGCUUCUGCUCUCAGAUCGGGGUCUUUCGGCGACUCGAGCGAGGAGAUGACAGCAACGUGUUGGGUGGUGACGACGCAGAGGAGGUUUUUUCGUACAAACUUCUGUACAGCGUUAACUAUCCCAGCCUGCGUGACAACAACAUCUUGCGGAGGGUCCUGGUGAGCGAGGUUGUGUGUUGGACAGAAAGACUGAAGAGAUGGAUGGGGAAGAAGAGUGGCGAGGGGAACGUCUAUUACACACUGUUUGAGACGGAGGAAGGAGAAGAAGGAGUAGAAGAGCAGACAGUCUGCAGAGCGGAGAUGAGAAAUCCAGUAUUGCACUGUGAGAGAGGAGCGUCGGAGGAUGAAGGAGAUUUCUGGACACAUUUCCAAAGACGACAAGAUUCCUGCACAUCAUUCAGAUGUGUGUCUGUUCCCCUGGAUGUGCUGUGGUCCUGCUGUCCCAGAGUCAGCACCCUGAGUGGAAGUCUGGGUAAUCUCAGACGUCUACUGAUGGAUGACCCAGAUGUUGAACUGAGCCAGGACGGUGAUGCUGUGCUUGUAAAUUGCCAUGAACAAGAGGAGGAGGAGGAUCCAGAUGAGCUGGAGGACAGCGGGUACGAACAGGCCAGCAGGCACCGGUCCGACCCUGCAGAACAAGAGGAGGACUGGGAGGCAAAUGUUUGACCUGGAGGAUGCAGCUUUUGUUUCCAGGACGAAGUAGGUCUCUUGUUCAGAUUCAACGAGGCUUAUUUGGAAUGCAAGUUUUUGUUUUGAGUAUGCAUCCAGUUGUUAAAGAGAGAAUAUAUAAUUUAGUCUUUAAAAUGAAUUCAAAUGUAAAAAUCACAAUAAAACUG